AUGUGCGACCUGGGCAACAAGGCGGAAGGGCUCGUGUACCUCCAGAAGGCCGUCGCCUCUGCCCGCCUCUCCUCCGACCGCCACGCGCUCCUGACCUGCCUCAGCAACCUCGCCUGCGCACACCUCAAGUUCGGCGGGGAGGGGACGAGCAUCGACCUGCUCGAGGAGGCGGUGGAGAUUGCGCAGCGACUGGGCGACAUGGCGGAGGAGGCGAACAUACUCCGCAAGAUCGCCCUCGCGCAUGCGUCGGACGGGGAAACGGCAGCGGCCCUGCGGUUCCUCGGGGAGGCGAAGGAUCUGUUCCACGAGGAGGAGCACGUUGAGGGGGAGGCGAUGUGCCUGCUGAGCUUGGGGAUCCUCCGAUACGAGAGCGGCGAACAUGCCGGAGGGAUCGACGCGCUGGAGGAGAGCCUGCAGCUGAGGCGGACGCUAAAGGAUAAGCUGGGAAUCGCCGAGGUGCUGAACAGGAUCGGGCUGAGCCUGGUGGACAUCGGGUAUCCCCUGCAAGCCCUCGACUACUUCGAGCGCGCCCUCGCUCUCGCACAGGAGGUGGGGGAUGCGCAGGGAGAGGCGCAGACCCUGCGCAUGCUGGCCUAUGUGCACCUGGCGCAGGUGGACGGGGACAGGAAGCUGAGCUUGGAGCUGUUCCGCAAGAGCCUGUCCUACUCCAAGAGGAACGGAGACGUUGGGGGUCAGGCCGCCUGCUACGAGGGGAUGGGGGAUGUGUUGAUGGACAUGGACGACGCCAAGACAGCCGCCACUCACUACACGCAAGCGCUGAGCAUGCGGGAGGGGUGGGGGCUAGGGAAGAUGGACCCCCAGGGGCACAUGCGACACGUUCAACUGAUCCGCAGCAAGAUCGCGAGAGCGAAGGCGCAGGUGCGAGAGAGGAGGAGAGAGACAGAGAGAUCGAUUGGAGGGGUGGGAGGGUUGUGA